UUUUCAGAUUACAUGUUUCAUUGAUUACAUAGUAACGCCAGGUUUAGACUCCUUUAUCCUCUGAAACCUCGUACUAAACAGUUGAUCAGUUUAACUGUGUAUUGCUUGUGUUUGAUUAAUUUAUCUGGCUCGUAAUAUUUUCAGUGUUCUCAAGUCAUGCAGGGGAGACGCAAAAAAUCCAAACCUGAUUGUUCAGAAGGAGAUGAUAAUGAUCCUUGCUUAUUAUGUGGCUCACCUGUUGUCGAUGAAUUCAGAUUUGGUAAGAAAUAUAAGCAUGAGGAAAUUGUUGCCCAUUACUAUUGUUUGUUAUUUUCCUGUGGAUUGGAGCAGAAUGGUAAAGAUGAAGAAGGAAUUCUUGGAUUUUUGAAGAAAGAUAUUCUCAAAGAAGCUAGUCGUGGUAAGCGACUUAAGUGUAGCUUUUGUCGCAAAAAUGGAGCUACAUCUGCAUGUUGCUUGAAACAAUGUCGUGUUAUGUUUCACUUAGGCUGUGGUAUAGAAGCUAAAUGUCUCAAUCAAUUCUAUCAAGAUUUUUCAUCUUUCUGUGUUAAGCAUAGACCAAAGCAAAAUAUUUCCAAAAAAUAUUUGGCUGAUCAUUUAAAUGAUGAUUGUCCAAUUUGUUACUUACCUAUUGAAGUAGACAAAGAUCCAGGGGCACUCGGAUAUCUUAAAACUCCGUGUUGUCAAUCACUUUUGCACCGACCUUGUGUACAGAAACAAGCUCUAAAUGCUGGAUACUUUUUCAAGUGUCCUCUUUGUAACAACAAGAAGGCUUUCAAGAAGGAGGUUCAGCGUUUUGGCAUUUACAUUCCUGAACAGGAUGCGUCUUGGGAGCUUGAAGAGAAUGCUUUUGGUGAUUUAUAUUAUCGUUAUAACAAGUGUGACGCUGAAAUUUGUGAUUGCCCUGAUGGCCGAGAAUAUGACAAAGGCGGAAGCCAAUGGGAUAUUGCUAUUUGCCGAAUUUGUGCCUCGCAUGGGUCUCAUGCUAAGUGUGGUAAUCUAUCAGAGGACGACCUCGAAUCUUGGGUAUGCUCGACUUGUUCAAAUAUUGAAUUCAAAAAUAAUAAUGAAAACCCUAAGAAAAGGAAAUUAUCCGAGACUACUAACAUAGAUGAUCCAGCUUGUUCAUCUCGUCAAAACAGAAUCAUGAGCUUGAAACGCGUAGCUCAUGGGCGACUCUCGAGCUCUAAUACAUCUCCUAACAAAGCCAUUGUGAACAACAGAUUCUUGACUGCUGCUGCUGCUGCUGCUACUACUGCUACUGCUACUGCAACUGCUACUGCUGCUGCUACUGCUGCUGCUGCUGCUUCCACUACUGCAGUUGUUUUUGUUGUUACUGCUGUAGUCACCGUAAACACUCGGCUCGUUACUGGUUUCACUGAAAAUAUCGUCACUGUCCGAGCCUCCAAUAGUUAUUACAUCGGAAAUAUUGUAGCUUUCAUCAAUAACAAAUGAAGACUCAUCGUCGUCGUCAUCAGAAGUACCGUAAUCGUCCAAGUCACUACUACUAACAGUAA